GUCGACGAUUUUGCUAGACUACAGGUUCCCUCAGUGGACGGCGAGUCACGUCCGUUCCUAUGUAUCCUAUCCUGCUCGUGGAUGGUGACUAUGAUGAUGAUGCUACUGGUGAUGCUGUUGGUCGAGUCGGUGUCUUUCUGUUGUUGAAGAUUCACUCCAGCACCAGUGAUGAGAUGAAGACACCGCGUCCUGCCAGGAAAAAGGACGAGCUGCCUGCACCCUGCAAGCCUCCUGGGAAAUUAGCUGACCCCAGCAGAUGGAAGAGUCGUACUUCCCAGUCGAUUCGACCGCGCAGAACGUUUCAGCCGAAGAAAUUGAAGCUGCCGAAGAAGCUACUCCUCAACAAAGAAGCGCCUACGAACACGAGGAGGAUCAAGCGCUUUAAAAAGCAUCUUCGUAUCGCCUUUCAUUCCGACGAGAAAGCUGCUGAGGAUGAAGACCAGCACAUGUCAACAUACAGGCGCCAUGGGUUCCCCGCGAGCCACUACAGGUUUUGGUUAGACGAGGCGGCAAAGCAGAACCAAGAGAAAGGCUUGGCAGCUUGAAAGGCUGCUGAGUUUGGUCUCUGCAUGACCUUGCGUGAGUUCGGUCGUGGGGAAGGAGUUUGGAAUUGGAUGCGUCAAGUCAAGUAUAAGGAGACCAGCCUGUCAUGGGAGGAAUGGCGCAAGGAGCACCGUGGUGAUUUCCCUGACAAUGUAGAUGAGGAGCGGAGGAAGAAGCUGCAGCUUCUUGCGAAGAACGUUGCGCUGAAGGCAAGGGCUGAGAUGAUGGUGCCGGGCAUCACGGACUUAGAAGGCGAAGCACUUGGAUCAGCAUUAUCCGAAUAUGUCAGGAAGUACGAAGUUAACACGAUGGCGAAGCCUAUCGGCAAGGCGGGCGCGCCUCCCGGUGCGAGUAGGCCGGAAAAGAAGACGAAGAAGGAGAAGGCGAAACGUGUUAUGAAGAAGAAAGGUGCGAGAAAGAAGAAAGCAAAAGCUGUAUCGAAAAAAAGUAAAUCAGUGCGUAGCGCGAAGGGCGCAGCAGGUAGAAAGUAGAGAAAUGCUGUGCACGUGAUAAGUCAACGAUUGCCUGUGGUUGUUGGGUGGUUUCCUCGUUAGAAUGAAUAUGCUAAGCGUAGUGAUUUGUGACGAGAUUGCUGCUGAUUUGUUGAUGCCUCGUUAAAAGUAGACCUUCUGAGCGAGGUGUAGAGCC